AUGGGUGGGCUCUACGUGAGCACCCACGUCGUGCUCAACCGCCGGUACCCGUCGUGGGACGGUGCGGGCCGCGCCGCGACCUUGCCGUGGGCCACGUUCCUUAGCUUUGUCCAAAGCGUGUCGCUGCUUCUCGUAGUGAUCGCGUGGGCCGUCGCGCAAAGUGCCAUGGACAAGGUGUGCAUUGCCGACAAACGGGCCAAGUCCGAGUGCGUAACGCUCUCGACAGCGUUCACGAUCGCGCUCGUCAACGUCUUUCUCUCACUGUUUGUGUUUGGUCUCUGGCGCGUCAGUCACAAAUGGCUCGAAGCCAAGGCGUCCGGGGCCCUCAUGGACAGCUUCAUUUUGGCCGCGAAAACAGGUUUGACACAUACUUACGACUUGGACGAGGCGUUGGCAAUCAUCGCAGGUCGCGCCGACCUAGAUGCCCUCGGGACUGACGGGCGCAAUGCGCUGCACUGGGCCGCGGCCCUCAACCGCAGUGCCGUCGUGCACGUCUUGCUCAAGAAAGGCGCGCACAUCAGCCGCAGCGACAAGGACGGGUGGACGCCACUGCAUUGGGCGAGUCGUAUGGGCAACCCGGAUGUGGUGCGAUUGCUUGUGAAACACGGCGCUGAUGUCAACGCCAAAGACCCAUGGGGCACGACGCCGCUCAUGCUCAGUGUGCUCGGCAAAAGCAAGACGAGCACCAUGUGCCUUCUCGAGCUCGGUGCGCACAUCAAUGCCCGCAACGUCUUUGGACAAACCGUGCUCAUGAUGUGUGCGCAAGAAGACGCCGAGAUGCACGCCUUUGUGGUCUUGCUCGUCAACGCCAACGCAACCUUGAGGCUACGCGACAGCCAAGGUAUGAAUGUGUUGCAUUACGCAGCCGGCGCGGGCCUCAAGAACAUUGCUGCCACACUUCUCGAGUGCUGCACGCCAGCCGAGCUCGGGCAGCUCAACAAGUUUGGCGAUUCGCCGCUCCACGAGGCGCGGCUUCGACAGCGCAAGACGACGGCUGCCAUAUUGGAAGGCAACCCGAACGGGAUGGCCGAGGCGUCGAGUGAAGACGAAGAGAGCGACGAGUACGAGCUGCGGUCGGACGUGAGCGAUUCGAGCGACUCGGGCGACGAAAGGACAUGGUAGCACACACUUAAUACUACUAGUAGGUUAUAUAAUUAGAUUAGAUCUUCAA